AUCUGUCUUUCAGGAGGUCCAAUUCACAUCAAAUAAUGUCAGGACAGGUUCAAUGCAUUAUCCUUGAGUCUCCACAAUUUCAGCCAAGGAGUUAUUGGCUCUAACUGCAUGGAUUCAUGGAAAGCGUCCGGCUUUAGUGCAAGAAGGAAUAAAGUUAGGUGGACUUAAUUAGCUCCUUUUUCAUCAGCUGGGAAGCUUCCCUUUUCCAUGAGUAUGGGCCAGUUGCUAGAACUCUUAUUAAAGGCUCUUCUUCCAUCAUCUGUCUGAGAAGGCUGUCAUGCUUUCUUUGGUUACGUAAAGAAGAAAAUAAAACGAUCAUAUUAAUGUUGAUACACACCACUCCGAUAGCUCAGUCGGUUGAAGCGCUGCGUCGCCAGGCUUCGUGGCGUGGCACGGUAACAGGUUCGAGCCCCGCUAAGGCCGGUUUUUUUUCGGCUUACUAGGACUCUAGGAGUGGUUACUGUCCCCACUUGAACAAGGAAUGGCUGGGGCGUGUGGUGUGUGAGGUCAGCUGGCAGUACUCGGAUCGACUAAUGAGCCUUGUAUUAAUCGGGAGGGUACAUACUUGCUGAACUCGUGAUCAGGCCAUGGUGGUGAAACACACACACACACGCACACACACAAGAAACUGUAACGACCAUUAAAUCAAAAUCAUGUGUAAGUCGCCCCGUUAAAAUAUUUCGCCCGCGUCUGUCGUCUGAGACGACUCGUCUCCCCACACUUGUUUACAUCACACGGCGGCAGGCGAGGCGGCGGGCUGUGGCGUGAUGUAAGACACUGCUCCAGCAAAAAUGACGAUAUCCAGGUUCCUCGGGUCGCUAGGGAGGGCGGCGGGUCACGGGCUGAGGCGUGGCAGGGCGAGGACACUAGUGACCACUACCACGAAGGACAGCACGGCGGUCAAAGUGGCUACAGAAGAGGCGGUCCAAGCAGAGUUUCCAGUCGGGAGGGAAGUGUCCGGCUUUGUGGUGAGGGAGGUGCAGGAGGUGCCUGAGCUCCACCUCACGGCCCUGCGCCUGGAACAUGAAGCCACUGGUGCUGACUACCUCCACAUAGCCCGCGCUGACCCCAACAAUGUAUUCUGUGUGGGUUUCCGCACCACCCCCAUGGACUCCACUGGUGUGCCUCACAUCCUGGAGCACACGGUUCUCUGUGGCAGUGAAAAAUUUCCCUGCAGAGACCCGUUUUUCAAGAUGCUGAACCGCUCUUUGUCAACCUUCAUGAAUGCUAUGACAGGCUGUGACUUCACCAUCUAUCCCUUCUCCACGCAGCACCCUGUGGACUUCAGGAACCUAAUGUCUGUGUAUUUGGAUGCCGUGUUCAAGCCUAAUCUUGUUGAGCUGGAUUUCCUGCAGGAGGGAUGGAGGCUGGAGCAUCAAGAUGUCAAAGACCCAUCUUCACCCAUUGUGUUCAAGGGUGUAGUGUUCAAUGAGAUGAAGGGUGUCUUUGCAGACUCCCAGCAGCUGUUCAAUCAAAAGCUGCUCAAUGGCAUCCUCCCGUCACACACUUAUGGGGUGGUGUCGGGCGGGGACCCGCUGGUCAUUCCUCAGCUGACUUGGGAGCAGCUCAAGCAAUUCCAUGCCUACCACUACCACCCCAGCAAUGCACACUUCUUUACCUAUGGUGACCAACCUCUUGCCAAUCACCUGGAGUUUAUACAGGAUAACUACCUGAAACAUUAUAACAAAAUUGACCCAAACACAGAGGUGCCUGAGGAACCCAACUGGCAGGAGCCUCGGUCUGCUCAUGUGGCUUGUGGUGUUGACCCCAUGGGGGGUGGAGAGGCCCAGGCCAGUGUAGCUGUGUCCUACAAGUUAGUUGACAUCACCAAUACUUUUGAAACCUUUGUCUUGGCCAUUUUAGCACAACUGUUGACCAGUGGCCCAAAUGCUCCUUUCUACAAAGCCCUGCUGGAGCCGGGGCUUGGGUCCAGCUUCUCUCCGUCCUCAGGGUUUGAGGGCAGCACACGCAGCACGACCUUCACUGUGGGUCUUCAGGGUGUCAAGGACCAAGAUGUGGACAAGGUUAAGGCCAUCAUAGAGGAGACCUUUGAUCAGGUUAUUGAAGAAGGGUUCCCUGCAGACCGUGUGGAAUCUGUCCUGCACAACAUUGAGCUGAGUGUCAAACACCAGACGUCCAGCUUUGGCCUCUCACUCGCCAUGAACCUCACCCCACUCUGGAACUUGAAUGGUGACCCCAUUGAUGGCCUCCUCAUUAACAACAAAAUAGCCAAGUUCAGGAAAUGCCUGGAAGAAAAUCCCAAAUUCCUCCAGGAGAAAGUUAGACAAUACUUUAAGGAGAACUCCCACAAGUACACACUGACCAUGGCCCCGCAGGACGGAUAUGAAGACAACCUUCAGAGCCUUGAAGAAGCCCAGCUGAAGGAGCGGCUUGCUUCUCUCACCUCAGAGGACCGGGAAAAGAUCUGGGAGCUUGGACACACCCUGGCAAACAAACAGGAGGAGGAGGAGGACCUUUCAUCCCUCCCAACGCUGCAAGUGUCCGAUAUCCCUCGCACUGUGACUCCCGUGCCCGUCACCACCCAGACACUUGGCGGGGUGGAGGUGCAGGUGUGUGACUGCCCCACCAAUGACCUCACCUACUUCACCACCGUCCUCAGCACCAAGGAUGUGGAUGAGGAGCUGCGGCCACUGGUUCCCCUCUUGUGUGGGGUAUUGACAAGGAUGGGGGCAGGGGACAUGGACUUUCGACAGCUGGACCAAGCCGCUGAGCUUGUCUCUGGAGGCCUGGGAGUUGGCCCCCAUACCUGCUUUCAUCCAGUUGAUAUCACACAAUAUGAGCAAGCUAUCGUGCUCUCCUCACACUGCCUCAACAAUAAUGUGCAGAAAAUGCUGGACCUGUGGACAUGCAUUUUUAAUGAGACAAAAUUUGAUGAUCUGCAACGCUUCAGUACCCUGGUCAGCAUGAUUGCUACCAACCAGGCCAACAGUUUGGUGUACUCGGGCCACCAGUAUGCCAUGACUGUUGCCGCUGCCUCCACCAGCCAUGUGUCAUCCUUGGCAGAGAGCUGGGGUGGCCUGUCACAGCUGCGGCGCAUGAAAGCUCUCAGCGAGGCCAAGGACUUGACCCCAACCCUGGAGAACCUCCGUGUGCUGGCCAGACAGUUGCUGAGUCGCCAGGGGAUGCGGGUGGCCAUCAACACCACUCCAGGCCACCAUGAUGCUGCCCUUCACACCCUUGAGAGUUUCCUAGAGAACCUGGAUGGCAUGCCUGAACCCACCACCCAGCCCUUGGCCACCAUCCCACAGACCUUCUCUCCCCACACUAACAGGACUCACUGUGUCUUUCCAUUCCCUAUAAACUUUGCUGCCAAGGCCUUCCCUGGGGUGCCCUAUGCCCACCCUGAUGCUGGUGCCCUUAGGGUGCUAGCACGUGUCAUGUUCCGCUUCCUGCAUCGGGAGAUCCGGGAAAAGGGGUGGGCGUCUGGCGGUGGAGCAAGGGCUCAGCCAGGUGGACCAUUUACCUUCUACAGCUACCGGGACCCUCACUCCACCCAGAGCCUGGCGGCGUUUGAUGCAGCUGUGGAGUGGGUGUUGUCUGGGGGCUUCACCGAGCGGGAUGUUGCUGAGGCCAAGCUUGGGGUGUUCCAGACAGUAGACGCCCCUGUUGCACCGGGGGCCAUGGGCAAGAGGCACUUCCUCUCCCACAUCACAGACCGGUUGUUUGCUGACCACCGACAGCUGGUGCUGGACGCUGAGUCCCAAGACCUGGUGAGGGUGGCCCGCAUGUACCUCAAGGAUGCCCAUGUGGAGGGUGCCUGCCUCAUUGGGCCCCAGAAUGAGGACCUUCAGGACCACCCCUUCUGGAACACUGUUGAGGGCUAGGCAGGCCUUCAGGGUGUUGUGAUAGGUGAGCUAGGUAGUCACUUGUUUUGUAAUUAUUUUAUGUGAAGUGAAGGAGUCAUAUUAAUCUCAUUUGAUGCAAACUAUGAAUAUGUAAAUAGCUGAAAUAUCAGCCCUCCAAAGAAUCAUAAUUUGGAAUAAAGUUUUUAAAAAUGCA